AUGGGGUGUCUAAUGCGGGGUACAUCUCCAGGGUUUCAUAGCUCAGACACCGACAAACACGCGAGCGCGUGGGGGGAGAGGCGGAAAGCACCCACCGGGGGCUGCGCGCCAGUUCCUCGUAGCUGCCGGAUUAAAGUACGGAAGGACAAGACUCAGCUGACAGUCAGUGUGAAGAGAUUUGUGAAGAAGCUUGAGAAUAUUUCAGAUGAUGAAGCUCAGGAGAUCCUGGAAGAGAAGAACUAUGUUGCUGCUCUUGGAAUAUGUGCCCAAGAUCCAGUGGGAAAUGGCUCAGGUGUGAGUGGUGGUGAAGUUUACUCAUUCCAGACUCCCAAACGCUCCAGCAAAAUGGCAGAGCUGGCCGCUGAAUUAGCCCAGACACCAGGACAGAGUGUUGCACCUGAUCACUCUGAGUGCCCUGAGAAGACAGCCAAAACCCCUCAAAGCAGCAAACGUUCAGAUUCAAACAAAGUGCAGCAGAGGUUACAGAGUAAAAAGAAAGAAUAUGUGGCUACCACACCUUACAGACUCAGAAAGAGGCUAGCAGCUCCAGAUCCCUAUUUAGAAAGUGAGAGUGAAUAUUCUGCUUCUUGCUCAGAGGAGGAGGAUGAGGAAGACCAGAAAGAAGUCAGAACUGUUUUAUCAGGUCGAAAGACCCCAGCAAAAACGAAGACUCUGUCUACGCCUCCUCCCAGAAACACCCUAGCCAAAAAAAUUAAAGAGGACAAGAUGAGCAACCUGGUGGAGGAAUACUUUGAAGCUCACAGUAGUUCCAAAGUGCUCACUUCGGACCGAACGCUGCAGAAGUUGCAGAAAAGAAGACUGAAUCAGCAAACACUGCAUGACAUUUUGAAAAAAGCUCCCCUUGCCUAUGCUGCUGAAAUUAAAGAGCUAAACCAGCAACACGAAUUCCUGUUUUCCAAGUGGAAGCUCCAAUUACACUUGGGUUUCAAUAUUGUGCUUUAUGGACUGGGCUCAAAGCGUGAUUUGUUAGAGAAGUUUCGCACCUCUGUGCUCCAGGAUUCUGUUCACCUUGUGGUUAAUGGAUACUUCCCCAGCAUCACUGUGAGAUCCAUUCUCAACUCCAUCACAGAGGAGGUACUGAACCAUAUAGGGACCUUCCGCAGCCCCCUUGACCAACUUGAAUUCAUCAUUAAAAGGUUUAAAGAAGAUUCAUCUUUAGAGCUCUAUGUCCUCAUUCAUAACCUGGACAGCCAGAUGUUGAGAGGAGAAAGAAGUCAGCAGAUCCUUGCACAGUUAUCCUCUCUGCCUAGCAUUUACCUCAUUGCCUCUAUCGAUCACAUCAAUGCUCCUCUCAUGUGGGAUCAGGCAAAGCUAAGCCUCUACAACUGGCUUUGGUAUGAAACAACCACAUUUAGUCCUUAUGUGGAAGAAACGUCUUACGAGAACUCGCUUUUAGUACAACAGUCUGGAUCUUUGGCUUUGAGCUCCCUAACACAUGUCCUGCGCAGUCUCACUCUCAAUGCCAGGGGAAUAUUCAGACUGCUUGCUCAGUACCAGCUGGAGAACAAGGACAACCCAUCUUAUCCAGGGCUGUCUUUCCAAGACUUCUACCAGCAGUGUCGAGAGGCUUUCCUUGUGAACAGUGACCUGACACUCAGGGCACAGCUGACAGAAUUCAGGGACCACAAGCUCAUCCGGACCAAGCGGGGAGCUGACGGUGUGGAAUACUUACUAAUUCCUGUAGAUGACAGUACCUUGACUGACUUCUUAGAGAAAGAGGAUGAAGAUACGUAACGUCUCUCUGUUCUCAAAGCGUCUACGGCAAUUGCUCUCAAGGGCUGCUGGAGAGGGGCCUAUACUCAGAUCUCUCUUCCUCCAACCCCGAGGCUGCUGGACUACUUACUGAACUGUAAUAAUUGUAAUGAACCAUGUUCGUUGUUCAACUACUUCAGGUAGUUUGGAAUGAUGACUUCCAUAAGCAAGGCAUCUCUUGCUCUGUAGUUAGAUUUGUCCGCUUUGUCUCUUAGCGCAGAUGAUGCCUUCUUCAUAUCUAUGCAGCCAACCAACCUUACAGCCAGAAAAACAAACUCGGUAAGAUUGUGCCUUCUGCUCUCUACCUCACCAGA